AUGAAGACACCAACAAGAGUUUCGUUUGAAAAAAAAAUACACACUCCACCAAGUGGAGAUCGUGACGCUGAAAGAUCACCACCGAAGAAAUUUCUAAGAGGUUUAUCGGGUAAAGUUUUUAGAAAGACACCAGAAUUUAAGAAGCAACAGAUGCCCACAUUUGGGUAUAUUGAAGAGAGUCAAUUUACUCCAAAUCUUGGCCUAAUGAUGUCCAAAAGAGGCAAUAUUCCUAAACCACUGAAUCUUUCCAAGCCUAUAUCUCCCCCACCAAGUUUGAAGAAAACAGCGGGAUCAGUAGCAUCUGGUUUUUCGAAAACAGGACAACUUAGCGCUUUACAAUCGCCAGUAAAUAUCACAAGUAGCAACAAAUACAACAUCAAAGCUACAAAUUUAACUACUAGUUUACUCCGAGAGUCGAUUUCUGAUUCUACAACUAUGUGUGAUACUUUGUCAGACAUCAAUUUAACGGUUAUGGAUGAAGAUUAUCGCAUUGACGGCGAUUCAUAUUACGAAGAAGAUUCACCAACUUUCAUGAUCAGCCUGGAAAGAAACAUAAAAAAAUGCAAUUCACAAUUCAGUCCAAAAAGGUACAUAGGUGAGAAAUGUUUAAUCUGUGAGGAAAGUAUUAGUUCCACAUUUACCGGUGAAAAGGUUGUGGAGUCUACGUGUUCACACACUAGCCACUAUAACUGUUAUUUGAUGCUAUUUGAAACUCUUUAUUUCCAAGGCAAGUUUCCUGAGUGUAAGAUAUGUGGCGAAGUGAGCAAGCCAAAGGAUAAAGACAUUGUUCCUGAAAUGGUAUCCAAACUUCUAACGGGCGCAGGCGCUCAUGAUGAUGGUCCGUCAUCCAAUAUGCAACAGCAAUGGAUUGAUUUGAAAACGGCGAGAAGCUUCACAGGUGAAUUUCCUCAGUUUACACCACAGGAGCAGCUCAUUCGUACUGCUGAUAUUUCAUGUGAUGGGUUCAGGACACCACGCUUAUCGAAUAGCAAUCAAUUUGAGGCCGUUAGCUAUCUUGAUAGCCCAUUUUUAAAUUCACCAUUCGUUAAUAAAAUGGCAACUACAGACCCUUUUGAUUUAAGUGAUGAUGAAAAACUGGACUGUGAUGAUGAAAUAGACGAAAGUGCUGCUGAAGUGUGGUUUAGUAAAACGGGUGGUGAACAUGUUAUGGUCAGUGUGAAGUUUCAAGAAAUGCGGACCAGUGAUGAUUUAGGGGUCUUGCAAGAUGUGAAUCAUGUGGACCACGAAGAACUAGAGGAAAGGGAAAAGGAAUGGAAAAAGAAAAUUGAUCAAUAUAUCGAAACAAAUGUGGAUAAGGAUAGCGAAUUUGGCAGUUUGAUCUUGUUUGACAAACUAAUGUAUUCUGAUGAUGGCGAACAAUGGGUAGACAAUAACCUUGUAAUAUUAUUCUCCAAAUUUCUAGUUUUGUUUGAUUUUGAAGAAAUGAAGAUCCUGGGUAAGAUUCCUAGAGACCAGUUUUACCAGGUAAUCAAGUUCAAUGAGGACGUACUACUUUGUAGUUUGAAGAGCACUAAUAUACCUGAAAUAUACUUGAGGUUCAACGAAAACUGCGAAAAGUGGUUGCUUCCCAAAUGGAAGUAUUGUCUAGAAAAUUCUUCACUGGAGACACUACCAUUAAGUGAGAUUGUUUCUACAGUGAAGGAACUCUCUCAUGUGAAUAUAAUAGGCGCUUUAGGAGCGCCGCCUGAUGUUAUAUCAGCACAAUCCCAUGAUUCUCGUCUACCGUGGAAAAGAUUGCACAGUGAUACGCCGCUAAAACUUAUUGUAUGUUUGAAUUUGUCGCAUGCUGAUGGGGAACUGUAUCGCAAGAGAGUUCUAAAGAGUGUUCAUCAAAUAUUGGAUGGAUUAAACACAGACGAUUUACUGGGAAUAGUUGUUGUUGGAAGAGAUGGAUCCGGUGUAGUAGGCCCAUUUGGCACCUUCAUCGGAAUGAUAAAUAAAAAUUGGGACGGAUGGACAACUUUCUUGGAUAAUUUAGAAGUGGUUAAUCCAAACGUCUUCCGCGAUGAAAAGCAACAGUAUAAGGUAACAUUACAAACUUGUGAAAGAUUAGCGUCAACAAGUGCAUACGUGGAUACAGAUGACCAUAUUGCAACUGGAUACGCCAAGCAAAUCUUGGUCCUCAACGGGAGUGACGUUGUUGACAUUGAGCAUGAUCAGAAAUUAAAAAAGGCCUUUGACCAGUUAUCUUACCAUUGGAGAUACGAAAUUUCGCAACGCCGCAUGACUCCAUUGAACGCUAGCAUUAAGCAGUUUUUAGAGGAGCUGCACACUAAGCGUUAUCUAGAUGUAACUCUUCGUCUACCACAAGCUACAUUCGAGCAAGUAUAUUUGGGGGAUAUGGCUGCGGGUGAACAAAAAACGCGUCUAAUUAUGGAUGAACACCCGCAUUCUAGUUUGAUAGAAAUAGAAUAUUUUGACCUGGUAAAGCAGCAAAGAAUUCAUCAGACCCUGGAAGUUCCCAACCUCUAG